AUUUUUCUUUUCUGCUGAGUCGUGGCGGACCAAAACAUACGUAGCACGAAAUUUCACAAGGGUACCCCACCUUUGCUCUUUUUUCCUUUAAAGUCUAUAUCCCCAAGUCUUCCAUGUCAAUUUUCCAAGUCCACUGACGUGUUUACCAUCUCCAUAGCCAUAUAUUGUAGAGGGGUAAUAAUGAAAGAGAAUUACUAACCUUCUUGGUGGUUCUUUCCUUUCAAUUGGUUCAUGGCUGCUUUCUCUUUGAUUCUUCUCUUUGCACUCUUUCUCCCUCUUUUCUGCUUUCUCUUUGAUUCUUCUCUUUGCACUCUUUCUCCCUCUUUUUCCCUUUAUCAAGGGUUGUCCACCCCCUUUUCCCUGUGGAAGACUCGAAAUGCUCAGUUUCCCUGUCACUACGGACAGAUAUGAAGAGUGGUGCGGUCCCUUUGUGGUGGAUCAUUGCAAAGGAAAGGAAAUUCCGAAGAUCCAGUUUGAGAGGGGAACUGGAAAAUGGUAUCAUUUGGAAAGCAUCUCCCCAUAUGAAAAAAAUGGGAUCCAGUUAUCGACUAACAUUUCGGUUACUGACAUAGAGCUCCAGAAUCAUUUGAAUUCCAAGAAAUGUGAGUCCUUCAACAAUCUGAGUCUUCUCACUCUCACAUACGCUUCUUUUCAAAUUGACUCCAGUCUAACAACCAUAUACAAAUGCAACCACUCUGUAGAUUUUCCAGAACCUUCUUUUAAUUUUAUUAGUUAUACAAAGUGCCCCGACUUCAAAAUCUAUUAUCCUAAGAAGGAUAAUGCAAGUAUACCGAGGCCUCAGCGUAACUGUUCAAUUGUGCAGCUCCCACUAAACACAAACAAUGAUCAUGACGACAUAUUCCGAAUGUUAGCUGCUAACUUCUCUCUUAAUGUAAGCAUACGGCUUGAUUGUUACCACUGUCAUUUAAGUGGUGGAGAAUGUAAAGAAUGUAUUGGUGAAGAGGGAAAUAAACCACCUCCUGGUCCUCAACCACCUCUGUCUCCUCCAAAAAGGACAGAAAGACACAAAGGAUCGCGAUGGAAACCAGUAGGUAUCGGAUGUGCUAUUGUCACUAUGAUAAUUUUGAUGGUCAUCAUAACUUUGCUUUGGCAUCGAUAUAAUAGAAGAAAACAUGGUUCCUCCAAUUUCUUGAUUUUCUAUUGGAAGAACACACAAGACAAUGAAAGUAUUGAGGCUUUUCUUAAGAACCAUGGAGUGAUGGCACCAAAAAGAUACAGGUACACAGAAGUAAAGAAAAUGACAGGGUCCUUCAAUGAUAAACUAGGCCAAGGAGGUUAUGGAAGUGUUUUCAACGGGAAGUUACCAGAUGGCCGUCUUGUGGCAGUGAAGGUGUUGAAGGAAUCGAAAAGCAAUGGAGAAGAAUUUAUAAAUGAGGUUGCAAGCAUUAGUAGGACUUCUCACGUCAACAUUGUUGCUCUUUUAGGAUUUUGUUUUGAGGGUUCCAAACGAGCAUUAAUCUAUGAAUUCAUGAUUAAUGGAUCUCUUGAGAAGUACAUAUACAAAGAAAAUCUCUUGAAGGCUGAUCGUCAAUUGGGUUGGGAAACAAUACACCAAAUUGCAGUUGGUAUUGCUCGAGGAUUAGAGUACUUGCACCGAGGGUGUAAUACAAGGAUUGUACAUUUUGACAUAAAGCCUCACAACAUUCUUCUAGAUGAAACUUUCUGUCCUAAAAUUUCUGAUUUUGGUCUAGCUAAAAUUUGCCCCAGAAAAGAGAGUAUCAUAUCAAUAAUGGGUGCUAGAGGGACAGCUGGAUAUAUUGCACCUGAAGUAUUUUGUAGAAAUUUUGGAGGGGUUUCUCACAAGUCUGAUGUUUAUAGCUAUGGGAUGCUAGUGUUAGAAAUGGUUGGAGGAAGAAGGAAUAUAUGUGCUUUAGUUGAGAAUACUAGUGAGAUAUAUUUUCCUCAUUGGAUAUUCAAGCGUCUCGAACUAGGAGAAGAACUUGAACUUGAUGGAAUUGGUAACGAAGAGGACAGCCGAAUAGCAAGAAGAAUAGUGUUAGUGAGUUUAUGGUGCAUACAAACUGAUCCCUCAAAUCGGCCACCAAUGAGCAGAGUGGUAGAAAUGCUGCAAGCGAGACUCGAGUCAUUGGCAAUCCCACCUAAACCAUAUUUGUGCUCCCCUUCAAGGUCUCCUCUAAGAUCGGUGGAAAGUUCAUCGCCCUCGCAACAUUGUGAUUCUUAGGACUAUUAAGAACCUUCUUCCUUUCCACUAGCAUUUGUGACUCUCAAUAACUGCUUGCUAGGAAUAUCUUUUAAAACUGUGACAUAUAAGCUUGUCAGUGGAUAUUGCUCUCAAAAAUGGGAUAAUUACUUGCGCUCUUGCAAAUGGCAGCUCGGUUGUUAGAAUUUAGAAAAUAAAUUCUUCUCAUAUACCAUGGGGAACAAGCUGAGUUGGUAUUUCGUUCAUUAUU